UAUGCAUAUAAAUCAAUGUUUUACAGACUAAUUUAGCGGACAUAACGAAAAUAGCCGUACGUGCUAUGGCAAUAGUGCAGUGCUCGAUGAACCGGUGACAUCACUAGUACUACCAGCAAUGGAAUUGAGGCCCUGCGAUUUAUGCCUACCUAUCAUAUAUAGAAAUACACGAUAACAGACUUGCCCUCUGUCCUGAGGGUUGGCGUGCUCAGUACACGCAGCCGAACCCUAAUGCGCACCGACGGUGGAGGGUUAGCGCCCCGUAUAGUCGCUCGUCAUCGAACGGAACGAUAACAACGUCGUCAGAAUGUACCUAACGCACAUUGCAACGACUUCUGGCUUCACGAGUUCUUUCCUGCUUGCGCGGGCUCGGCGCGGCAUGGCUGACGGAAGAGGGCAGACAAACGAGAAAGGCCAAUAGGCACAUGAUAGGCAGGCCCCACAGAUAUGGCAGUAUGGCUGCUUCUGCCCACCGCUAUCACUAGCGACUACAGCGGCAGUAACCUACUAGUGGCCUAGUACGGACCGAGUAUGCCCAUAAAACAGAGUUUGGUCAUGGCCUAGUGUAGGUCAGCCGCUACCGCUUCAACGGCGCGAGAUUGUCAGUUCAAAAAGAGGAGGCUUCAGAAACUUUGAUUGAUGCCUAUUGGAAGCCGUUAAGGAAGCUGCUCAACGAGAAGUUACCCCAAAAAAUUUUGUGCGGAACUUUCUAAGCAUUUGGCAAGAUGACGGUGGUAUCUAUUGGAAGCGUCGGGGCGUUCCUUGAGUGGUUUUAUUAUCUGUUUCUGCCGGUUGUUAUGUUUCUAGGAGCUCUUUGCUUUUGUAAAUCAGUAAUUAGGUCGACAAAGAUCUAUGACGGCAAAGAACGACUCGAUGGCAGGACGGUCAUAAUAACAGGCGGUUCGAACGGACUGGGUCGCGCGAUCGCCGUCGAGUUAUGCCUGCGGGGGGCGAAAGUGAUUUCCGCGUGCCGUACACGCCUCCGAAGGGAAUCGACCGCUGUAUACUUACGAGAAAAAACUGGUAGCUUCAACCAUCGUCUUAUGUACAUGGACCUAAACAAUCUCGAAUCAAUUCGAACUUUUGCACAGGAAGUGCUUGACACCGAGGACCGUGUUGACGGCCUAAUCAACAACGCCGGAAUUAUUUGCGAUCGCGAUUUCACCGCUGAUGGCAUAGACCGCAUGAUGGGGGUCAACUUCGUCGGUCAUUUCCUGCUGACCAAUCUUCUCCGUGAGAAGAUUAUGACCACACCGAACGGACUUGGUCGGAUCAUUUCGAUUACUGGUGGGAGUUUCACAAAAGGAUCACUUAACGACCUCCGGGACCUCGAGGCUAAACAAAAAAGUGGGUACGAUUUGCGAGCCAUGUACCGAUCUUCGAAAUUGGGUCUCUACCUCAUGAACCGUGAAAUUGCUCGUCGCUUCAAUUACCAUGAUGUAUGCUCCUUGUGCGUUGAUCCAGGACUAAUGAACACAGACAUCUAUAAAAAUCUUCCCCCUUUGCAAAAUCAGCUGUGGUCCUUAAUUGCUAAGUGCAUGUUCCGCACGCCUGAUGAAGGAAUGCAGAGCGUGUUGUAUGCUCUCCUCAAACAGGACAUUCAAGCCAGCUCUGGAAUGGUCGUGAAGGAUUGCGAGGUUUACGCACCUACCAACCUUAACUGGACUGACGCCGUUAUCGAGGAUAUUUGGAAUCAGACAGUCGAUCUCCUACAAGCCAAAGGAAUUGAUCUCGAGUUGGGAGCAUCUGAAGAAGUUAACCUCGAUGAUUCGUCUGAACAAAUACACAAUUUCAAACUUGACUCGGAGAGACUGCCUCGCUUACAUAGGCGCUCAAUCACAGAUGAUGAAGAGACGACCUCUCGGCGAUUGCCUAGGUCGGUGAAUAGGCCUGCAACACCACCGCGUUCGAAUAAGACGGUGCAUGAUGAGGGUGAUGAAAUGGUCGAAAUGGUUGAGUUUCGAGCCGAAGAACCUGCAGAGGUCAUACGAGCGACGCCAACGAGACAGAAUUCUGUUGAACAAGACAAAAUGCUCUCGCGACAAAAAAGCGAUGUUGAAAUUCUCAGGGAGAUUUUACAUGAAGAGCAAGAGGCGUGUGCGGGUUCGCUAUGCGUAAACGCGGACGUGCAGCGCGAGCCCACCCCUACAUUGGAGAGUCUCGCCGAUAAAAACAUCCCCGACAUUGAUACGCUUAAAAGAAUACUCGACGAUGAAGCGUCGUUUAUCCUGGUCAAGGAUAAACGCCUGGAUAAGGCCACUGAUGCAGCUGGACCUCAACGAGCUUCCCAGUACCCAAGCGGAUCUUCUCGAAGGUCCGGUAAAAGCACGGAGAAAUCAUCAGCAUCAGGUUCGUUAGAAACAAACAGGAAUAUCGUUGAAGAUCUCGCUAGCGACAUUGAGCGGAUCCAAGAAAUGCUACAAGAAGAGGAAUCUGCCGACUUGGAGAGAAUCGAAGCGAUGCUGUGUGAUGAAACUACUCCAGCAUAUGACGACAUUUCGCCAACAGAGGAAAAAGACGUCGGCGGAGAGGAUCCGCACAGUAAGACCGACAUUCUGCGGGUCAGGGAAAUGUUGCAAGCGGAAAAGGGAGCGGGACGAUUCUCGGAGGAAUCCUCACAUGAACCUGCGUACGAAGGCGCAGCUUCGGAUAAAGCUGGAGAUUUGCAGGCUCUAACGAGCGCCUCAGACCAAAAGGGGGUUGAUUCGAAUAGUCCUGUUACAUCUGAAAGUCAGGGCGUUCAAGUACUUAUGCCAAAUCUUGAACGACUGACGGAAGCUUCCUCGGUGCUUCGCGAAAGGAACGAUUCGAUCAAGGACCUCAGCUUCGAGUACAACUACGAUCGACGUAACAGCCAAAUGCACAACAGUCUCACCGACGUCAAGACAAGGAGUCUUCUGUUGUAUCCAGCAAAGAAACGGAUUAGCCUCUCGUAGUAGGACCUACGAGAGUCUCAAAAGUUGGCGACAUUUAUGACUUCAGAUGGGUGAUGAUAACGAUACAGAGCGUUGAGCCGUAUGAUUUCGAAGCUAGCCUCAACUGACCAUUGUUUGAAGUGGACGCAUGCCACGACCGGCUAUUCUUGUUACGGUCGCUUCACCUAAACACGAAUACCAUGGAUAGAAUAUGGCAAGAGAAGCGGCAAACAUGGCGAAGAAAGGAAAAAAAGCGACAGAAAAUCUUUUCGUGCCGGCUAAUAUAUAUCAUUCAUCAGGCAAAUCGAAGCGUUUUGCGGCUAGUUGUCCAUAAGCAACCAAAAUAACAUUAUUAUGAUUAGUAUUGUUAUAGCAGUGCUGAUAUAUGUGGCGCUGUCAUUCUACGUUAGAAGGGGCCGAGAAUUGCACCUGGAGAGAAAAGGGCACAUUGAAAAUAAAGCCACUGCGGCGCCAAUAGUCAAUGACGA